AUGAGCGCCCUUCUUCGGAUCGAAUGCAAGCAAGCUCUUGCCAAGAGCCUCCCCUGGACAACGUCGCCUCUGAUUGUCAGCGCGCCGAUGCGCGUCAUGACGGGCCCGAGCCUCGCCGUCGCCGUCUCUUCUGCCGGCGGCCUCGGGUUUCUUGGGCCGACUCUCAAGCCGGAGGACGUGUUCGGCGACCUUGACCAGGCGGCUGAGCUCAUCGGAUCGUCGUCCAUCCGAGGCGCCGCUGGCCCGUCGCUGCUCCCCGUCGGCGUCGGGUUCCAGACUUGGAACGGCAAUCUCGAGGUGGCCGUGUCUGCGGUGACCAAGCACCGCCCUUGCGCGGUGUGGUUGUUCGCACCGCGCCACGGCCAGGGCGAGUUUGACGAAUGGACAACGGCCAUCAAGCGAGCCUCGCCAGACACAAGGGUCUGGCUGCAGAUCGGCUCCCUCGGCGAGGCUGUCGAUGCCGCCGGCAGCGCGACACCACCCGACGUCCUCGUCCUGCAAGGAGCCGAGGCCGGCGGCCACGGCAGGCACAAGGACGCCCAGGGAACGAUUGCCCUGGUCCCAGAGGUCUCGGACGCCUUGAGGGACAGCACCAUCCCCCUGGUUGCUGCCGGAGGCAUCGUCGACGGCCGCGGAGCCGCUGCCGCACUCGCACUGGGCGCCGCCGGCGUGGCCAUGGGCACGCGCUUCCUGGCGUCCAAGGAGGCUCGCAUCAGCAAGGGAUACCAGGACGAAGUAGUUCGAGCAUCGGAUGGCGCCAGGAACACUGUGCGCACGCAGUUGUACAACCACCUACGUGGCACGUUUGGCUGGCCGGAGCAAUUCUCCCCUCGCACAAUCAUCAACAAAAGCUGGACCGAUCACGAGUCCGGCGUCCCCUUUGACAGGCUCAAGGAGCUGCAUGACGAGUCUGCCAAGACGGGAGACGCAGGCUGGGGUCCCCAGGGCAGACUGGCAACGUAUGCUGGCGCCGCCGUGGGACUUGUCCGCCAUGUGCAGGAUGCCGCCGUCAUCGUGCGCGAGACGCGAGACCAAGCAAGGGCGAUUCUUACAUGCGUCGUGGCUCACUUGUAG